UCGUCGCCUGAGCAUCCAGCGCUGCAUCCAGUCACUGGUCCAUGCGUGCCAGUGCCGCAACGCCAACUGCUCCCUGCCGUCCUGCCAGAAGAUGAAGCGUGUUGUGCAGCACACAAAAGGCUGCAAGCGCAAGACGAAUGGUGGCUGCCCCAUCUGCAAGCAGCUCAUCGCUCUGUGUUGCUACCAUGCCAAACACUGUCAAGAGAACAAAUGUCCCGUCCCGUUCUGUCUGAACAUCAAGCAAAAGCUGCGGCAGCAGCAGCUGCAGCACAGGCUCCAGCAGGCUCAAAUGUUAAGAAGAAGAAUGGCCAGCAUGCAGAGGGUGGGGCAGCCGGCAGGAGGGCCACCAGGAGGACCUGUGGUAGGACUUCCAUCACCAGGGAACAAUGGUACCACGGCACCCAGUACCCCAACAUCUGUGGGAACCCAACCCCCAACUCCCCAGACCCCAACUCAGACCAUGCCUCCAGUCCCGCAACAGGGAAUGGGCCCAGGACCUGGAGUCCAGCAGCAGCAGCAGCAGCCAGGUGGGAUGCCCUCACAAAGUGGCAUGCCUCCUCAGCACACCCUUCACCACCAGUUUCAGCAGAUGGCAGGUGGAGGUGGCGGGGCUGGUGGGAUAAUGAGUUCUCCCCAACCUCAGCAGCAGAUGCUUCCUCAGGUCCAGCAGCAGCAGCAGCAAAGUGGAGCAGGGACCAACCCUCAACAGCUCCAACAGCACCCAAACAAUUUGCCUCCAUAUGCCAGCAGACCCCCAGGCUCCUCCCCAAUUCACCAGUCCCAGGGCAAACCAGUCCUUGGCUCUGCAACACCUCCCCAGCAGCAGCCUGGUGGCGCUGUCAUGGCUGGAAAUGUCGGGGGCCAGCAACCUCCUAGCCAGGCCCAGGGCCAGCCUCCACAGCAGCAGCCGCAGCCUCCUUCUGGCCCUCCACCGGCAGCAGUAGAAAUUGCCAUGAAGAUCCAACAGGUAGCAGAUGCUCAGAGGAAGAUGGCUCUGCAAAGACAAGCGGCCCAGGCUGCUGCAGGCUUGAUGCCUCACCCGCAUCAUCAACAGGGCCAAGGUCAGCAGAUGGGCAUGGGACACCCAGGGGCAGUGGGGAUGGUUGGACCCCAGGGAAUGCAACCACAGACAGCAGCAGUGGCAGCUGCUCGGGCCCACAUGGACCAACAACAAGGCCCUCCACCAGGGAUGAUGGUUAGCACCGGGGGGCCCAUGCAGCAACCUCCUCAGCAGGGUAACCUCUCCCAGAGCCAGCUACACCCUCAGGUGCAGCUUCAACAGCAGAGGAUGGUUGCACCACUUCAAAACCCUCAGCAGCAGCAACAGCAGUGGGCAGGCCAGGGGAUGCCACCCCAGCAGAGACAAGCUAUGAUGAACCAAAUGGGCCACCCAGCCAUGAUGGCAGCUCAACAACAGCAGCAGCAGCAAAUGCAACAGCAGCAGCAGCAACAGCAGCACCAACAAGCUCAGGGCCAUGCUGCCUUGAUAAACAUGGCGCAGCAGCAGCAGCAAGGUGCUGGUAGUGGGGUCCCAGGGGGAGCUGUCCCUGGAGCUACUGGUGUCCCAGGGGCUGGUCCUGCUGGUGGGAAUAUCCCCCAGGCAGCCCUCCAGGACCUUCUACGGACUCUCCGCUCGCCCAGCUCACCACUCCAGCAGCAGCAAGUCCUCAACAUCUUGCGGUCUAAUCCACAGCUCAUGGCUGCUUUUAUUAAGCAGAGGGCCUCAAAAUACAAAGGGGGGCAGGGGCCCCCUGGUGGACCAGGUGGUGUGCCAGGAGUUCCUGGUCCCACAGGGGGUCCUGUUGGUAAUGUCAUGGCAGGAGGGGGCCCACAGGUGAACAUGAAUGCUGCAGGUGCCGGCCAACCGGGGAUGCACAUGGGGGGUCAGGGAGGGACAAAUGUCAACAUGGCCACUAUGGCCCAGCUACAGCAAGUUCAGCAGCAGCAGCAGCAGCAGCAACAACAGCUGCAGCAGCAGCAGUUACAACAGCAGCAGAGGCCAAUGCUCAGCAGUUUACAGCAGCAGCAAGUGGCAGCUCUCCAGCAGCAACAGCAACAGCAAGGGGGAGGAAGGGGUAUGCCAGGCCAGGGUCCACAGAUGGGAAAUCUCAACACUACCCAGUUUAGAGAGAUGCUCAUGAGACGACAUCUCCAGCAGCAGCAGCAACAACAACAACAACAACAGCAGCAGCAGCAACAACAACAACAACAGCAGCAGCAACAGCAAAUGGGAGUAAAUCAUGGUCAGUUCCAGCAGCCACAGCCACCACAUGGCCAGGGCUACAUGGGACAGCCAGGGAUGCAGCCUCCUACAGUGGGACAGGGCCCACCUGGGGGUCCACCUCUCGGUUCCCAGCAGCCUGGUGGCCCCCAAGGCCAGCAGGGGCAAGGUUACCCAGGGUCAGUGGCUCAGCAGCAGGCCUCAGCUGCACUCCAGCAUAGGCUUCAGCACCAGCACCACCUCCAGAUGCAGCAACAGAAUGCCAUGACGGGCCUGCCAGGGGGUGAUGGAGGGCCAGGUGGAGGGGGUGUAGGAGGUCCUCAGCAGCCACCUCAGGGCCCUCAACCCACUCAAAGUGGCCCCCCACCAACUUCUCAGGCCCUGCUCCAACAGGCCCUCCACCAGAGGUUGCUCCAGCAGCAGCAUCUUGGCCCUGGGGGGUCACCAGCCCAGCAUAGCAAUCCCAUGAGUCCUCAGCAGCCACAGCCGAUGGCCCAGUCCCCACACCCACACCUGCAGGGCCAGGCGCUGCCCACAUCCCUGGCUAACCAGGUGCGAUCCCCACAGCCCUCUCCCAGACCCCAGUCCCAGCCGCCGCACUCCAGCCCGUCCCCGCGCAUGCAGCCCCAGCCCUCGCCACAUCACAUCUCCCCCCAGAUGCAGACGGGUUCUCCACACCCAGGCCACCUGAACCAGCACCACCCAGGUAUGGUGGUUCCUCCACAACAACAGCAACAGCCAACAGCCCAGCAGCAACAACAGAACUCUAUGGAGCAGUUUGGGUCAGACCAGAGCGCCAUGUUAUCUCAGCUGAGUGGCAUGGCUGGUCUCCACGGGCCGGGGGGCAGUGGUCAGGACCCGCUGGGCCAGAAUAUGAAUCACAACCCUUUAGACAUCAUGUAGGAAUUGUACUUAACGUGUCAAGUUGAGCUGAGACGCUCUGUGAUUCUUCGCACAAACUGCACUCACCCAGGACAGUGUUAUUGUUAUUACUUUGCCUUUCUUUUUUUAUACUAUUAUUAAAUGUUAUUUAAAAUGUUUUCAAUAAAGACGCAUUGAACUGAACUUCCUAUGGGAGAUGAACAAUAAAUCAAGCAGUCGUUAAAUAAAUUAGAAUAAAUGAAUUGUAAGUUAUUGCUGUUAAUAUAUUUUUUUGCCAAUUGUGGACAAAGAGGGGGUUGGUUUCCCUAGCAACCUCCUCACCUCCACCUCUUGCAGAAUAGAAGAAAGGCGAUAUUUUCGGGGGUUUGGGGGUAAAUAGGAGUACUUGCCUUUUUUAAGAAAUGUUUUUAAGGUUUUAAACAUGGUCUAGAAUUAAAAAGGAAAUGAUUUAAUGCAAAGAACUUUUUUAUCGGUUUUGUUUCCCAUCAUUCAGUCUGUGUCGGUUUCUGUUUUGCAGAGUGAUGUGGAUUAUUAUUAUUAAUGUAAAUCCAAACAUGAUGCAUAUCCCCCUUUUUUAUAUGUUUGGGUUUGCUUUAUUUAUUUAUUUUUUUGGGGGGGGGGGGGGGGGGGGGGUGG